GCAGAUAUUGUUUUGAUCAGUGCAAACGACCUCCUUACUUCUGCUCGAAGCAUGCCUACAUUGCCAGCUCCCCUUCCACGUCUUCUUCUGCUCCUCCUCCUCCUCUCCAUCUAUUCUCCAACUCUGGCCACCGAGUUCCUCUUCAAUGGGUUCAAAGAAGCUGCUAAUUUGAGCUUGGAUGCCUCGGCCCUUAUCACUUCCAAUGGAGUUCUCCAGCUGACCAAUGACAGCAAGAGACAGAUAGGUCAUGCUUUUCUUUCUUCUCCGGUGCACAUGCUUCACAACCGAUCCGUUGCCGCCUCAUUCAGCACGGCCUUCGUGUUCGACAUCGUCACUGUUAAUGGCAGUGGCGGCGAUGGCCUGGCCUUUGUUGUUGCCACCUCCAAAACCCUGCCUGGAGCUCAGAAUGGCCAGUUCCUUGGACUCCUCAGCACCCAGAACAAUGGCAAUAUCUCCAAUCAUCUCUUUGCCAUAGAAUUCGACACGGUGAAGGCCAUUGGACCAUUCACUGACAUCGAUGAGAACCAUGUCGGUGUGGAUGUCAACAGCCUCGAAUCAAAUGUCUCAAAGUCCGCCGCCUAUUACGCAGAUGGUGGCAAGAAGGUGUCGGUAGAUCUGCUGAGCGCGCAACCAAUCCAGGCCUGGAUCGACUACAACGGUGUCACAAGCAUUCUGAACGUGACCAUCGCUCCGCUGCCGCUCCCCAGACCACGCCGCCCUCUCAUAUCGCACGCCAUCGAUCUAUCGCCAAUUUUCAAGGAGUAUAUGUACGUUGGGUUCUCCGCCGCUACCGGAAAGCUCACAAGCUACCACUAUAUCAUGGGUUGGAGCUUCAGCACGGAUGGAGUCGCGUCGAGCCUCGAUCUAUCUCAGCUGCCCCUUCCACCAAGGCAAAAGGAAGCAUCACCAGCUUCAAAAGCUAGUAUACUGAAGACCGCAGUGUUGUCUUCCAUUGUGACGCUGCUCUUUAUAGUGCUUGUGAUCUCCAUUUUCAUGUACUUAAGGAAGCAAGCGAAACUGUCUGAGAACCUCGAGGACUGGGAGUCGUAUUACCCCCACAGGUUCCCAUAUAAGGAGCUCUACAAAGCAACCAAAGGGUUCCAAGAUACGGAGCUCCUCGGCUCGGGAGGCUUUGGCCAAGUCUACAGGGGCACUCUGCGGCGCACCGGAGAAGUGGUCGCCGUAAAGAAGAUCUCCAGCAAUUCAAGACAAGGAGUAAGAGAGUUCAUAGCCGAGAUCUCAAGUUUAGGCCGGAUGAGGCACAGGAACUUGGUGCAGCUCCAAGGAUGGUGCAAGCGGAACGAGGACCUCCUCCUCGUCUACGACUUCAUGCCCAAUGGGAGCCUCGACGCCUUCCUCUACGACCACGACAAGAGCCAGCAACUGAGUUGGAACCACAGGUUCAAGAUCCUCAAGGACAUAGCUUUCGGCCUCCUCUACCUGCACGAAGAAUGGGAGCAAGUGGUCGUCCACAGAGACAUCAAGUCCAACAACGUGCUACUGGACGCCGACAUGAACGCAAGGCUGGGUGAUUUCGGCCUCGCCAGACUGCACGAGCACGGAGAGAAUCCUCACACAACCCAUGUCUAG